GCCAACAACAACUUUGACUUGUGAAUGGCAAUCGAACGUUAAACAGUGUGAUAAAAUAUCUGACACAGUUUAGUCGUGCAUAUUCCUCGUUCGAUAAAAUUCGUUUGUUGUCUCUAUCUCUUCUUUACUGUUAUUGCCUCUCUCCUCUCUCAUUUCGUGCACCACAUUACAACAUUUCAUUCAGCAUUCAACACAGACAUCACGUCAACACCGAAACAAUUGGCCGAAACGAUUUUUGUAAACGAUUCUAUUGAAUUUGUGGCCAACAAAAACACUUUAAACGGUGAUAAAAUAUAAAUCGAAAUAAAGUGACAACAAAUAUUGAAAUUGGAUCAAGAGCCAAAAGGAAAAGCAAGAAACAACAACACAGGAAUAAGGCGACGUGUACAAGUGUAUUGUAUAUGAUUUUACAAGUAAAGAGUUAUAAAAGUUGAUCUUAAAUAUCGAAAGCAAACGCAUUGUUGCCAAACCCAUAGUUCACACUUUUUGGCCAAUUCGCGGCAAACAAUGUGGCAGCUUUUUUAAAAUUAAUAUUCUGUUUUGAGAAUGAAGCUUAAAUAAAUAGGUGCAGUGGUGAAAUUGACAUGUGCUCUUUAUUUUUUUGUCAUUUGUUGCACUUCAAUUUGAGCAAAGAGUAGUUUAACGUAUUUACCCAUUCUCCUGCUCUCACUCGAUUGCUUGUUUGUCUAAAUGUAUUCAUCUCGGACAAAUUGAUCUCACCGAAAACUGUGAAUGAAUCAAACACGAAAACCGUUCAACAAACAGUGAAUAGAUUUAUUUUGCAAAAAAAAAAAAAAGAAAUUAUUGUGAUAAAUUACGAGAAAAUUGCAAUCAUAUACAAUUACAUCUCGAUUGCGAAAGCGUUCAACUCAACGAUACUCUAUAUGAUAUUGUUAUCAUCAAUAAUAAGUUGAAAUUGACUGUAAUUUGUUUUUAGAGAAAAGAAAAUCAACAAACUAACGAACGAAUAGAGAAAAAAAAAUCAACCAACUUAACAUGAUCACAAACGUAUAAAGUGUUUGCUUGAUGAAGAAUAACAUAAAUCGAUAGAAAUUGAACAGGAGCGCACGUUUCAAAAAAUGAAAAUGAAAGUGAAAAGAAGCCAACGACAAAUAGCACUAUCAUUAAAUACUAAAUCGUAUUCACAAUUAUGUUUUUGUAUAGCAUAUGUUAUUUUAACGAUAUGUUUAUUAGAAUCGAUGACUCAUGUUGAUGCAUACAUAAACGGUGUGACGAAUGUGACAAAUAGCUUUCAACAUUUCAAUUAUCAUCGUGUAAAUAAUGUUAGUAGAAGAAAUAAUGAGCAUUCAAAUCGAAUUGGUCGAUUUUUGUUUGACACAUUAUUUGGAAUCGAUACGCCAGCAUUUGAUGCUGUUGAUUUGGAUGAUGAUGAUGAUGAUGACAUUGAUGAGGCACCAAAACCAUGUAAAUGCGAGAGAAAGGCAUGUGGUCAAUCAAACCAAGAAACGCGUAUCGUAGGUGGAAAACCAACCGGAGUGAAUCAAUAUCCAUGGAUUGCUCGUUUGGUGUAUGAUGGAAAUUUUCAUUGUGGAGCAUCGCUGAUAUCCAAAGAUUAUGUUUUAACAGCCGCUCAUUGUGUCAGGCGAUUGAAACGUUCAAAGAUUCGCAUUAUUUUGGGCGAUCACGAUCAAACUGUAAUCAGUGAUGCUGAUGCUAAAAUGCGUGCCGUUAGCGCUGUUAUAAAACAUCGAUAUUUUGACUCAAAUACAUACAAUCAUGACAUUGCAUUGCUGAAACUACGCAAACCAAUUACAUAUUCAAAAAAUAUUAUGCCAGUUUGUUUGCCUGAAGAUGAUUUUGAUCCGGCUGGUAAAACAGGCAUCGCCGUUGGUUGGGGCCGGACGUCGGAGGGUGGAGCAUUGCCAAGCGUCGUGCAACAUGUUGAAGUGCCAAUUUUAUCGUUGAACCAAUGUCGCAAUAUGAAGUAUCGAUCGUCACGGAUUACACCAAAUAUGGUGUGUGCCGGAAAGGGAAAACAAGACUCAUGCCAAGGCGACAGUGGUGGACCACUCGUUGUGUAUAAUAAUGGUAAAUACGAGGUCAUUGGCAUUGUCAGUUGGGGUGUAGGAUGCGGUCGUGCAGGCUAUCCCGGUGUAUAUACGCGUGUUCCACGUUACAUGCCAUGGGUGCGAGCCAAUGUGGAUGGAUGUAAUACAUUUUUGACGGAAUUUGACGAAAGAGUGAGAACAAGAGAGAAAAAAAGCCAAAUAAUGAAGGUGAAUUAUACGAAAAUAUUGUUUACAUUGGCAUAUGUAGUAUUGUUUGUCACACAAAUUGGCGCAUAUUCAACAUCGAAUGGCAAAGGAGUGUACAAAACAUAUAAUAAUGCAAAGAAAGCAUUGACUUCAUUCGGAGCAACGAAAAAAGAUUCUGAGAAAUUUCUAUUCGGUAAUAUGAAUGAUCAUAGCCGUGCACCAUCGCACGAUACACCAUAUACACCGUGCAAAUGCACUUGUGGUGAAAGAAAUGAUGCAACAAGAAUCGUUGGUGGUUCGAGUACUGGAGUGAAUGAGUUCCCGUGGAUGGCAAGAUUGUCGUACUUUAAUCGCUUCUACUGCGGUGCAGCUUUAAUAAAUGAUCGUUAUGUUUUGACUGCUGCGCAUUGCGUUAAAGGAUUCAUGUGGUUUAUGAUUAAAGUAACCUUUGGAGAACAUGAUCGGUGCGAUGACAAAAAUCGGCCAGAGACUCGUUUUGUUCUUCGCGCCAUUUCGCAGCCAUUCAGUUUUUCAAACUUUGAUAACGAUGUGGCUCUGUUGCGGCUCAAUGACCGGGUGCCAAUCACCGACUUUAUUCGGCCAAUUUGUUUGCCCACCAGAAAAUCAAACACGUAUGUUGGAACAAAGGCUGUUGCAACCGGCUGGGGCACUUUAAAAGAAGAUGGUAAACCGUCGUGCAUUUUACAAGAAGUCGAAGUUCCAAUUAUGGCAAAUAACGUUUGUGUUGAAAACACCAACUAUACACAAAAAAUGAUCACAGAAAACAUGUUGUGUGCUGGAUAUCCCGGUGUCGGAAAGAAAGACUCAUGCCAAGGAGACUCUGGUGGACCUCUCAUCGCCGCAAGACCUGAUAAACUUUAUGAACUAGUCGGCGUUGUGUCAUGGGGUAACGGUUGUGCUCGGCCCAACUAUCCUGGCGUUUAUACAAGAGUGACUCAGUAUUUGGAUUGGAUUAGAGAAAAUUCAAAAGAUGGAUGCUAUUGCAAUAAUUGAGCAACAAAUAAUUGAAUAUAAAUUUGCACGAAAUAAAUUUAAAAAAAAAUAAUAUUUGUAUCUAAAAAAAUAUUGAAAUGAAACUCUAUGAAUGAAUGAAUUCAACAAUUUGUAGUAUUAGACUCAAUGGUGCUCGAAUUCUUCUGGCAGAGUUUGUUUACUGUACUGAACCGAUCGAUCGAUCAAAUCCGAUAUCUAUAAAAAAAAAAAUUGCUAACUAUGAAUAAAUAGAGAACGUAGACUAAAAUAUUAGUUUGUGUCAAAAAAA